CUGCAGCAGGAGAAGGCAGAGUGGGAAAACCUGAACAAGCUGUUGGUGCGACAUGGGUUGAAACCGGUGAGCCUUGCUGCCCCCCAAAGCUGCAGAGAUACACCAGAUACGGCUGUCCUAGACAGUCAGGCUUCUCUAGGAAUACGGCUGGCCUUAAAAACGCUGGUGGAAGACACUGACCGAAAGCAGAAGAUCAUGCAGGGGCUUAUGGAGGCUAACCGGCAUCUUCGAGAUGAGAUACGACAGGAGCGAGGUCGGGCAUCUCAACAAGAACAACGGGCUAAUGAUUUAGAAAAUGUGGUGAAAAACAUCAAGUCCAAGAUUUGCCAGCUGGAAGAUGAGAUGAUAGCUAAAGUGGCCCAGCAGCAGAACCAAGUCAGAGAGCUUCAAAAAGAUCAACAGGUUUCACGGGCAAAAUACCAACAGCAGCAGGAAAGGCUGCAGAAGCAGGAAGAGACGAUUGCCCGUUUGCAGAAGGAGCUGUGCAAAGCUGGGAUGGAGGAGCAACAGCCUGCUGCCGCUCAGAACAAAACGUUCUGCCGCUUUUGCAGAAGAGCUGCCAAGCCUCUCCUGGAUCAGCAGUAAGCAUUCCUUUGUCUGAUUGACUAUUAUGAAUCUCAAAUUAGUCAAAUGAAAAAGGAGCUAAGGCAGUAUAAAAACGAUGAAGACCAGGCACAGAGAGAAGUCAAAAGCAAGGAAGAAUUCUUAAAUCUAGAUGCUACUCCUAGUUACAGAGCACUUCUCACGUCUUUCCAGAAACAGCUCAUUGAAACAAGAGCCAGGAAUGAACAGCUUUUGCUUGAAAAUAUGAAUCUCAAGAAAGAUUUGGAAAUAAGACCAACUGUGCAGGAAUUAAAGCUUUACAAGCACCAAGUGAAGAAACUAGAGAGAACUUUAAAGAAAACUACCCAAUCUUCGGGGAGCGGUGCCGGAGGAAGCGCAGACGAAAAGAAGGAACCUGGGAGUGUGGUGGGAGUGGAUCAGCUGCAGGCAGUUUGCCAGCAAUACUUACAGGUUUUGUCCCGUAUUGAUUCUAUUUUGCGAAGCCCGAGAGCCCCCCUGUUAAUACACAGGCGCAGUAAAGGGCCGGUGCAGCAUCACGUUAAGGAGAAUGGAGAGGAAUGUGGCUUUGAGCACCUCCCGCUCGCCAUAGAGAUGUGGGCAGAUCAGCUGAUGGCCCUGAAGGAUUUGCAUAGGUCCUUGAGAAAACUCUUCCUGGAAUUGGUGCCCUGGCACACCGCGGAUCCGCAGGGCGACAGAGAAUCCGUACGAGUUGAAGACCUCCAGUUCCUAGUAGAUGCAGUGUUGGAAGAAAUAGAAAAUAAGGAAAAGAGCAGCCAGGCACCGUCCUUACCAACCCUGUUGGGAAUAGUCUCUCACUUCCAGAAGCUGUUUGACGUCAGCUCUCUGAAUGGCGUUUAUCCGCGAAUGAACGAGGUGUACAUGAAGCUUGGGGUGAUGACCAACGCUAUGAGAAAUAUCCAGGAGCUCCUGGAACUAG